UUUCAUCCUCAGCUCUCCAUUUCAUCCCCGUCUUGCCACUUAACGAACUGGUCAUCCCUCCCACCCCAUCUAGUUUUUAACGCUGUUUGACCAAUUGCCAAGAUAUUCUGUUGAGGCAUGUCGUAUGCUUCCUACGGCUAUGCCGACUAUGGCGAGCGGCAGGGCCCUGGGGGAAUGGUCGGCCACAGGCCACCUAGUCACGACCCAGGUCAAGUUGGGCUCUAUCCCCCGCAAGGAGAGAAGCAGCAGCAACAGAAGACAACGUCCAUGAAGAAACACGAGCGACUUCAACAAGCUGCUGGUGUCCUUGAGGAGCAAAUGCAACGUGAUCGUUAUCCGGACUUGUACGAGUUACUAGAUCGCCGACGGGAUGACUUAUCAAAAGACGCCGAAAAGAAGGAUACUGGGUCAUUAAAGUUUCUGCGUGGUGCCAAUUUUGUGCCCCUGCCCAAUCACAUUCUCGCUCAUUACGAUACUGUCCUUUGCAAGACGUUUAUGGGGUUCUUUCCCGAGAUCAACCGUGUUUGGGUUACAAUGGACACCCGACUGUACCUUUGGAACUACAAUGAUUCAGGACCGGAGGCUAUCAAUGUCUUUGGUGAACAGGUUCAGGUGAUCUCGAGUGUGGGAAUAGUCAAGGCUUUACCGGGCAUCUUCUUGGAACAGAUAGAGUACAUACUCGUCGUCACUACUCGCGUUCAAAUCUUCCUGCUCGGUCUCGCAUUUGCAAGAAAGGGCGAUCCGUCCAGUCCAAUGACGAUAUAUAACACGGAUCUCACUUUGAGUGCUGAUGGGCUGACAAUGACAGACAUCGUAGGCACAGAUCAGGGACGCAUCUUUAUGAGGGGAGGCGAUGGACAUCUAUAUGAGUUACAAUACCAGGCAAAAGAGGGUUGGUUUACACCAAAAAUGCGCAUGGUGAAUCAUACGGCGACGGCUCUGUCACUGUUCGCACCCACAUUUUUGAACUUUGCGAAUGAAGGGGAUGUGGAACGCGUUGCUCUUGAUCGAUCGCGCCGGAUCUUGUAUACAAUUUCAAAGAGGAAUGAUAUCGAGAUGAUAUACCUCGGUCGUGAUGGGAAAGGAUUCCAUCGAGUCAAGGUACUUCGGGAUGUGGUCGCUAGUGCCCUCGGUGCUGCUGCCUCGGAAGAUGGUGUCAUCCUUCAAGGACUCUACCCUGUAACAUUGGCAGAGUCGCGACGGAUUCAAUUGGUCGCCAUAACGUCCUCUGGCGACCGUCUGUAUUUUUCCGUAUAUGGACGACAAUCUACUGGCGAUAUUACCGGAUCCUCUGAGGGAGAGAAAGAACCAUUUACUUUGGAAUUGGUGCACAUUCUUGAAACCAACAAAAAAUUCAUGAUGUCGGAGAAUGCCAUUCACGAGGGGCUGUAUACCAAUGGGCUUCUCAUCAUGGCUGAUGCUGUUAGUCAGGAUAUGGAUCGUAUAUAUGGUAUUGAACCGCAUGCGGGGGCCAUUGCUCAGACACCGUCAAAGUUGUGGAUAGAUAGUAUAUCAUAUGAAGAUCAGCAAGGAAAGGUGUGGCAGAUUACUGAAAUUCCAAAACCGGCGGCAAGACCCGUGUCCAGGAUUACUAAAAAAGACGACACGGGCACGGUUCUGAAUGAACUUGCCUCUCAACUUGAGUCUCCCGCGCGAUCUUUUCGGUUACUUACCAAUGAAGGUAUCGGACACAUGACAAAACUACGACCGAUUGAUCAAUUGUGUGAAUUGAUCUACCGGGCUGGUGGAGAUGGUACAGCGGAUUACCAGCAGUUCUUUAAUAUUUAUAGUCCCGCAGAGGCGUGUGCCAUGUGUCUUGCGAUCGCUUGUGGACAUCCAUCUGCUGAUCAGGCUAUUCGAGAUUAUGCCCCUAAUGGACAGCAUCAAGUUGUUGUCAUUGCGAGUCGUCUUUUUGACGAGUUUGGAGGACAGCCUUUUAUAAAUCGUCCUGACUCACUAACAAGCAACAGCAUGGACACAAACGGUGCACUAGGACACGCGGUUCCCGCUCCGGAAAUAAAGUACAGUGGACGACACAAUGGACUGGCACUCUAUCUUUCCAGACUAUUGAAACCCAUCUGGGCACAAAGAGUUGUCGUUGAAGUGUCACGCAACGUGGUGUCGAAUGUGGAUUCGCAUGCUCUCGUUUCUUUGCAAAUGAAUUUGAUGAGUUUGAAUGAUUUCCUUGGACAACGUAGUAAUCUUACUGCACCACCUAUUCCUGAGAAUCGUCCAGAAGCUGUUGAUAGCGAGGCAUGGAAGACGGAACAAGAGUCACUGCAUAACCUUUACGAACUCUUGCAAAUCACACGGGAAACAAUUGCCUUGCUUUUGAUUGUUUUUGAGCAGAAUCUGACGCUUAUCAAAGAUAUGCCUGUUCAGCAACGACAAGCUCUUGAAAACAUGACUUACCAGGGACUCAUUACGACAUCUAGCGGUCUGGAGGUUACUCGAGCCCUCAUGGCCGCGCACAUUGAUAAGCAUAUUAGUGAUGAAAAGGAUGUCCAAACCAUCACAGACGAGCUCCAAGCAGCCUGUCCAUCGAUUUGCUUCCAAAAUGAUGUGAUAUUGUAUAAAGGCAUAGAGUGUAUUCAGAUGGCGAAGACGAGGCCGAACCGCGAGCAGCAGGGACGAAAGUUGCGGGAAGCAUUAGAGUUGUUUAAACAGAUUCUUAAAGACGUGCCGUUUCGCAAACUGCAGGAGAUUACUGAGCAGUUUGAGGGACUGUUUUAUUAUGAGGGGGUUGUGGAGAUUGUGUUGCGGUGGGCUGCGGCGCAGGAUGCUGUAGAGUAUGGCGAUCGGGGGGGUAUGGACGAGGAUGAGUUGGUUGUACGGGGUUUGGAAAGUGGAACGGUUGCGCGACGAGGGGCGUAUGAGAUUAUUUUGAAUGCGAUAUCCAAGUUGGAUGGCAUGUUGCAGCAGCCGGUUGGAUAUGGAGGACCGCAUCCUGAUCAUAUUUUACAUGUCAUUAAUGGCAUGAUUGGUCAGGCGCUUGCGUAUGAUGAUCAAUUAUUCCAUGAGACGCUUUACGAGUGGUUUAUCAGUCAGAACCGACAGGAGCAGUUGUUGCAGAUUCGGACGAGAUACCUUGAAGAAUUUCUGACGCGCGGGGCAAACACGAAUUUAGCUAAAGCGACCCUCUUGGCCAAGUAUUACGUCAAGCAUGAGCGAUUUUACGAGGCUGCCAAGACGUAUCGGGGGUUAGCUGAAGCUCCAGGAUUACAUCUGGAUGCUCGUAUGCAAUUCCUCUCUCUAGCCCUCGUCCAAAGCAAACUGUGCUUCCAAGGCGAGUACAGAGACCACAUGGAUAAAGGCGAGGUGGAAGAUAUACAGGACCUGAAUGCGGUCGCCAAUGUCCAGAAAGAGAUUUUGGAUACCUUGUCGAGAGACUCUAUGGGACUUUCGCCUGAGUUGAUGCGGGAGUUGAAUGAGCGGUUGUUGACUGUUUCAGAACUUUUCAACAAGUACGUCCGACCGUGCAAAUUGUACGAAAUCCAACUGUAUAUUCUCCAUGUGUCUGAUGUGGAUGCAAAUGCACGGGGGUAUGCCCAAACCGCUUGGAACGAGAUUAUCAAAAAGACAAAACAAGACGCAAUGGCAUCGAAUCGAAAUGUGUUUGCAGCGUUGGAAGAAAAAGUUUGGGGGAUUGGGUCGAGGUUCUUUCCUGAUGAAAACGUCUUUCCUCUACAAUUCCUUAUUCACCGAUUGGAAGAAGAGAGUUUUACCGCCUCUGAACAAGGACGCGGCCCAGAACGCGGCUGGGUGAUUCGCCUCUUUUCAUCCAUCAAAGUCUCGUAUGCCGAACUGUUUCAGCAUUUCAACGACAUGUACGAAACGCAGCUCGUACCCUGGACGUCCACAGCUGCGCGGAUAUAUCUUUUAGAAGAUAUAGCGUACCUUGUUAAUGAGUGGAUGCGGUGGAGGGGGCCCGAGGGGGUGCCAAGACGGGUGUUGGAUGACGCGAUUCAAAAGUAUGUGAUGGCUGUGCAUGAUGUGGGGGAGGCGCAGGAGGUUGUGGGGAGAUUGCAGGUUUUGGCUGUUAGGAUACGGCAGUGAUGUGCGGCAUGUAAAGAUGCGUUUGUGCUAUCUGAAUAGGAAACACUGGACUGUGUUGUGUGUGUGCAUAUAAUACUCAAGACCCAAU